AUGAUACAUUUAAUUAUAAUUGGAAUAUUUUUUUUAAAUAAUGUAUUAUCUAAACGUACAAAAAUGAGUGCUAAAGAAAUUUGGGGAGUAAUGAAAAAAGCAGAUGAAAGUAUAGAGGCUACAGAUAAAUUUAUAAACGAAUUUUGGAAAGGAGUAAAUCAAAGAAAUAUAAAACGAAAAGUCAAAGGUAUAAAAACUAAUCAAGAAAUAAACAAAGAAAGAAAAAGAAAAGAAAAAUCAACGAUUGUUCAAUUAAAUAAAAAAAUAACAGAAUUUCCAUAUUUUACUCCAGUAUUAAAUGUUAGUUUAUUUACUAGAAAACAAGAUUUUUGCAAUAAAAAAGCACCAAUUACAGGAUAUUAUAUCCCAGUUAUUAUUCCACCAAAUAAAAUGCUUAGAGUAUCAACAUGUAAUCAUGACACAAAUGUAAAGACAUCUAUUACUUUAAUGUAUAAUAAAGAAUGUCUUCAAACAACAACAAGAAACUGUAGAAGAUGGAAAGGUUCUAUUAUUGAAUAUAUUCCAAAAGGAAAUAAACCAAUUAAUGCACUAAUUCGUGUAGGUGCUAAUUUAAUAAAAAAAGGAACUGUAAGAAUAACUGUUUAUACUAUCCCUAUUACUUUAAAAAAUAAAACUAAACUUCAGCAUGGAAAAAUUGCCUCAGGAAAUGGAAAACAAAUUCAUUUAAUUUCAAACGUUAAUAAAACUGAAAUUCUUCCUUUAAUUCAUUUAUCAAAUAAAAGUCAUUUAAAUUCUCCAAAUCAUUUAGAAAUUAAUAACAAUUCUUUUAAUUUAAAAAGAUCUGUUAAACUGAAUUCUUCUUCUAAUCAAAGCUCUAUUGAAAAAAUUAAUAAACAGUUGGAAAAAUUUACAGUUGGAUUUAAAAUAUUUAUUGGAGUAUUUGUUGGUAUUGCAAUUGUUAUUGUUGCGAUUAUUGUUAUUGGGUCAUUCAUUAAAUCAAAAAAUGAUCAUUUUCAAUCUCAUUAA